AUGGGACGACAAAAGCAAGCAGCGCCGCUCCAGAGAGCCCCCUCUUCGCAAUUGAUGAAUCUCUCAGAGGAUUCCGGUGUCUCACAAAAUUCUAAAAGUGGCAACACAAACACACCUUCAGCCGCAAAUGGAAGCGUGUCUGAAAAAGCAUCGGCAACCCUGGAGACGAUUGCCGACAGCCCUGGGCUGUCGCAACUUGUGAUUUGCGUCCUCGGUAUAUAUGCUGCAUUCCUCUCAUGGGGUGUGCUACAGGAGGCAAUCACGACGACCAGCUAUCCCGUUCGUCCUGCAACCGCCGCGGAGCCAAAUCCUCCAACAGAGCGGUUCACCUACUCGCUGGUGCUGAACACGGUCCAAUCCUCUUUCGCAGCCAUCACCGGCUUUACAUACCUUUUGUUCUCGACUCCGAAUGGCCAAAAGAUCCCAUCUAUCUUCCCCACACGCCGGAUCCUCUUUCCCCUACUUUUAGUCGCAAUCUCCUCGUCACUUGCGUCACCCUUCGGCUACGCCAGUCUCCAACACAUCGACUACCUGACCUUCAUCCUUGCCAAAUCAUGCAAGCUCCUCCCGGUUAUGGUCCUUCACCUGACCAUCUUCCGUAAGAGAUACCCACUGUAUAAAUACGGUGUUGUCUUGAUGGUCACUCUCGGCGUCGCAACUUUCAGUCUGCACCACCCAGGAACUAGUAAGAAAGUUGCUGCCAAGGAUCAGUCUGGAUCCUCCGGCUGGGGCAUUUUCCUGUUGUCCAUCAACCUCCUGUUAGAUGGCCUAACCAACACCACGCAGGACCACGUCUUCUCCUCACCUAAGUUGUACACCCGUUUCACCGGUCCCCAGAUGAUGGUCGCUCAGAAUAUUCUCUCGACCACUCUGACUUCUGCGUACCUCCUGAUUAUGCCGCAUCUUUCACAAAGUGGGGUUCUCCAUAACCUCCUGCCCUUUCCCAUUCCCCCAUCCAACGAGACUGAGCUGUUCGGUGCCGUCUCGUUUCUCUCCCGCCACCCAGAGGCACUGAAGCAUGUCCUUGGGUUCGCGGCGUGCGGAGCUGUUGGACAGCUCUUCAUUUUCCACACUCUGUCUCGCUUCUCUUCACUGCUGCUUGUCACUGUCACCGUUACACGCAAGAUGUUGACUAUGCUCCUCAGCGUUUUCUGGUUUGGACAUUCUCUGUCCGGUGGCCAGUGGCUGGGGAUCAGUCUGGUGUUCGGAGGCAUUGGCGCUGAAGCAGUAGUACAAAGAUCAGAGAAGAAGGCGAAAGAGCAGUCGAAGAUUGAGGCCGCGAAGAAGGAACUGUGA